AUGUCGGGAGCUCUGAUCAACGUGCCACGUACCAUUAUGAAUCUUACCCUCGAGGAGAAGAUAAACUUCUCGCGGGCAAAGACACCUGGACGACACAUGCGAUUGACCGCCUCAAAAUUCCAAACCUCCGACGGGCCACAUGGCGUUCGAGGAACGGCUUUCUUCAAUGGACCUCCGGGGUGUCUGUUGCCUUCAGCCACGGCCAUGGGCGCUACCUUUGACACCGAACUGAUGCAUUCCGUGGGCGAGAUGCUCGCAGCUGAAGCCAAAGAGAAGGGCUGUCAUGUUAUCCUCGCCCCUACUGUCUGUCUACAAAGGUCUCCGCUCAUCGGUCGUAGCUUUGAAGCUUUCGCUGAGGACCCAUUCCUGAGCGGCACCUUGGCGUCUGCAUACAUCAGCGGCGUGCAGACAAACGGUGUGGGGAUUAGCAUCAAGCACUAUGCCGCCCAUGACCAGUCUACUAUGUCUAUUGAAGACUCAAUCAGAGUUUCGGAGCGAACGAUGCGAUCCAUGGCUCUGGGGGACAUCCUUCGCAAGGAGUGGGGAUGGGAUGGACUUAUCAUGAGUGACUGGUUCGGGACGUACAGCACCUCUGAGGCUGUGAAUGCCGGGCUUGAUCUUGAGAUGCCCGGGCCAGCAAGGUGGAGGGACGAAUUGCUCAUGUGGGCUGUCUUGUGCCCCAAGGUCAAGGAGGCAACCAUUGGUGCGCGAGUCCGAAGCUUGUUGAACCUGAUCAACAGGGUUCAGCCCGCAUUGAAGCAUCGGCGCGACGAGGGUACGCAAGGUGAUACUGAAGAGAAGCGGCAGGUCUGCAGGAAAGUUGCGAGCAACUCGAUAGUUCUUUUGAAGAACGAACGGUCCGUGCUGCCUCUCAAUCCGUCUUCCGAACAGACCUUUGGUCUAAUUGGACCUGCUGUUCGGUUGCCUGCUGUAAGUGGUGGUGGAUCAGCGGACUUGGUACCGUACUAUGUCAGUACACCGUUGGAUGCUAUUGUCGACAUCGUGGGGGAGGGAAGAGUGAAGACAGCUAUAGGAUGCCAUGGCCAUCUCUUCACCCCUCUUCUGUCGUCCAAUGUGACUGUUCCUGGUACAAAUCAGCGUGGUUACAUCCUUGAUUGGUUUGAAGAGAACUUUGAAGAAAACCCAGAUGCAACGCCUCUGUACACUACAACGACGACGCAGGCGCAGAUGUACUUCGCCGACAGUCUUCCAAAGGGCGUCCCCAGCGCGUAUUGGCUGCGUGUGAAGACGUGCUUGACUGCCACAAAGACGGCAAAAGUCCAAUUCGGACUUUGCGUUAUCGGAAAGGGAAAACUCGAUGUCGACGGAAAGCAGGUGAUCGAUCUUUUCACCAGCCAACCCAAGAAGACAAUGCAUACACCUAUGUUCAACCAAGCAAGCAUGGAACUGACUGCGGACGUUGAAGUUGAGGUCGGAAAGACUUAUGAAGUCUGCGUGGUGCUUCGAAACGAAGCCGCCAUUCCUGGGGUGGGUGCUCUCAGUGCAGGUGGAUUGAGGAUUGGCUGCUGUGAGAGGAUUGAUAAGGAGCAGGCUUUGGAUGAAGCUAUGAGACUGGCAAAGUCCGUCGACAUACCCAUCUUGAUAGCUGGACUAAACGCGGACUAUGAGAGUGAGGACGUUGAUCGGAAGUCUCUUGACUUGCCGCCGGGGAUCGAUGAAUUGAUUGAGCGGGUUGUUGCGGCAAACCCCAGCACUAUUAUUGUAACUCAGUCCGGAUGUCCCAUAGCUAUGCCCUGGAUCGAAAAAGUUGCAACUCUUGUACACGCCUGGUUUGGCGGCCAGGAGACAGGAAAUGCCAUGGCCGACGUUCUGUUUGGUAAGGUCAGCCCCAGCGGCCGUCUGUCGGUGACCUUUCCAAAACGUAUUGAGGACACGCCAGCUUUCUUGACAUUUGGAAAGGGCCAGAGGGAGAUCAUGUACGGCGAGGGCGUUUUCAUCGGUUACCGAUACUAUGAGAAGGUCAAGACGAGCCCGCUUUUCUACUUCGGUCAUGGCUUGUCAUAUACAACUUUCGAAUAUUCCAACCUGCAGGUGCCGAAGAGGGUACGGUUUGAUAAUGGCAGUGCGAUGUCAUUUGAGGUUACCAUUGACGUGCGCAAUGCUGGACUUCGAGAUGGCUCAGAGACCGUUCAAAUAUACAUUCAAGACAUCGAGACGACGUUUGACCGUCCUCAGAAAGAGUUGAAGGGCUUUACUAAAGUCUGGGUUGCGAAAGGAGAGAUCUUCACUACCAAGGUGACUCUUGACAAGUAUGCUUUGUCAUAUUGGAACGAAGAGUUGGAGCAGUGGCUGGCUGAGAAGGGCACAUUUCGUGUCAUCAUUUCCAAGAGUGCCGACCCCGAAGACGAAGCGCUGAGCGCUGAAAUUGAACUUGAGGAAGACUUUAGGUGGCAAGGUCUUUGA